AUGUCAAGAUCAAGAUCAAGAUCUAGCAGAGUCGGUGCAGCUACUGAGAAUGAACUCAAACGUCUUGUAAGUUCUCCAGAGAAUGCAAAUAAAUGUGGAGAGUGCCGUGCUUUAUAUCCAACGUGGUCUUCUGUCAAUCUAGGUGUUAUGCUAUGUGGUAGAUGUGCCAGUGUUCAUAGAAAACUGUUAGGAUUUAGAGACGAAGGUGUUUAUUCACAUGUGAAAUCUCUAUCAAUGGAUCGAUGGAGCUCGGCUGAAAUUGAUGAUUUGGCAAAUAGCGGUGGUAAUAAACGUAAUAAUAAAGUCUGGAAUGCUAAAGGCAUUCCGUUUCCGUUCGACGCAGAUGAAGAUAAAUCAACGGUGGAACAAUUCAUUAGAGACAAGUAUAUUUUUGCGAAAUUUAGAUAUGAUCCAGUAGAUCCACAUGAAUACGGCAUGAAUGGCGGUGGUUAUAUGCCCGAAGGAAUUAGGCCAAGAAGCCGCAGUAGAGCUAGUUCAAGUAGCGUAGGAACGUUAUCAACGACAGACAGACUGAGGAGUAGAAGUGUCGGUGGUUCUGGAUAUGGUUCACCAAUGGAAAGUACAAGUAAACUGACGAAUAGAAAGGCAAGGGAUUAUGAAUUGAGUAGAUAUUCAAGGGAAUUAAGAAUUUUAAGGGAUAGAGGAUAUCCGAGUAUUGAUAACAAUGCAGAGGCCUUAAGUUUAGCAAAGGGUGAUGUGUCACGUGCGAUGGCUAUACUUGACAGAAAUACACCACCGCCAUCCAAUAGAAACAGAAGUGGUAGUAGUAUUGGUGGUUAUGCUAGUGACGAUUAUGGCAGAAGAUCAAACGGAUUAGCACCUUCCCCGCUACAUUCAUCUGCAAUUAGAACUGCAUCUGCGUCUGCAGUUGACACUUUACCUCAUUCGGUUGGACAAGAGGGCAUUACUGGGCAUUUGACAGAACCAAAACCUAAUCUUCCACGUAGAAGAGCAGCUACCACUGGUCCACAACCUGCUGUAUUCGAUGGUACUGAUGGCACUGGUGAUUUAUUGUUGGCCAGUCUGACAGGUACUCCUGCACAACCACAGCCACAGCCGGCCAUCUUUGAUGGUACCACCGGUAUGUCAGGUACACCUACAGGUAUUUUUGAUGGUAACACUGGUGUUUCCGUACAACAGUUCUUAGAUCCUGCAACAGGAAUUAUUUAUGUGGACCAAAACGAAAUGGCAUUGGCCCAACAACAACAACUGGCACAACAAGCACAACAAGAACAAUUACAACAACAGCAACAACACGCACAAGCACAAGCACAAGCACAAGCACAAGCACAACAGGAGCAAUUACAACUGCAAAUGUUGCAACAACAGCGACAACAGGAACAAUUACAACAACAAAUGUCCCAGCAACAAAUGUAUCUACAACAACAAACGAAUCAACCUCAGGUGGAUAAAAAUGCCCUAAUGUCACUUUACCAACGUCCGGAUAUGUAUUCAACGCCAGCUGAAAUAAGAGAAGAUCACCCUCAGUACAACCAAAUUAUGCAACUACAACAACAGCAGCAGAUGAUGCAGGCGCAAAUGACUCAGGGUCAACAGCAGUAUCCGAUGUACCAGGGCUACUGGGGCUGA